AUGGCCAUCCGCGGCGCAGUACUAGGGCAGGGCACCUCCUGUUUCCUCUCGACAUUCUACUUAUUCAAAGGAAAGCUUCGCGCUGCCGCCACCCGAGCUAAAUACCAUGAUGCAGCAGAUUUGAGGCUGCUGGAGGACAAGUAUAGACAGGAACUCAAAUCACUGAGCCGGGGUCUCAGUCUGAACUACGUCGGGCUUGCUAUCAAAAGAUAUCCGGAGCUGGAGCGGCUUUUCGAGAGGCUGGGAGUGGACGUGCUGCAGGCUCGCGACGUGACGAAAGAUGUCGACCUCGGCAAUCUUCCUCGUCCCGCGCCCGGGGAUGUUCAGCGCGGCCUGCUCGCAUGA